AUGGGUCGUGGGGUGAUGUUAAUUUCUUUGGUAUGUCUUUUGGUUGGGACACUACAGGUGGUCCGAUCUGAGGAUCCUUACUUGUUCUUCACAUGGAAUGUCACCUACGGCACCAUCUUUCCCCUUGGUGUCCCCCAGCAAGGUAUUCUCAUCAAUGGUCAAUUCCCAGGUCCCAACAUCAAUUCUACCACCAACAACAAUAUUGUCAUUAAUGUCUUCAACAAUAUUGAUCAACCACUCCUCUUCACCUGGAGCGGCGUUCAGCACAGGAAGAAUAGUUGGCAAGACGGAGUGGAAGGCACCAUGUGCCCUAUUCUUCCAGGCACCAACUUCACUUACCGCUUUCAGGUGAAGGACCAGAUUGGCAGCUAUUUCUACUAUCCAUCCACCGCCAUGCAGAGGGCUGCUGGUGGCUUCGGUGGUCUCCGCGUCAAUAGUCGUUUGCUUAUCCCUGUCCCCUACGCUGACCCCGAGGAUGACUACACCGUCCUUAUUGGUGACUGGUAUGCCAAGAGCCACACUGCCCUCGAGAAGUUCUUGGAAAGCGGACGCUCCAUUGGCAGGCCUCAAGGGGUUCUCAUCAACGGCAAGGCAGGCAAGGCUGACGGCAAAGAUGAGCCUCUUUUCACAAUGAAACCAGGUAAGACAUACAAGUAUAGAAUUUGCAACAUUGGGCUGAAGAACUCCCUUAACUUCAGAAUCCAAAACCACAAGAUGAAACUCGUAGAGAUGGAGGGUUCCCACGUCCUUCAAAAUGUCUAUGACUCACUCGAUGUGCAUGUUGGUCAGUGUUAUGCUGUGCUUGUGACGGCCGACCAAAAACCCUUGGACUACUAUAUGGUAGCCUCAACUCGGUUCACCAAGCAAGUUCUCAGCACCACAGGCAUCAUCCGUUAUGAAGGUAGCAAAGUUCAAGCCUCACCUCAGCUUCCUGCAGCCCCUGUCGGAUGGGCAUGGUCCCUCAACCAAUUCCGUUCAUUUCGCUGGAACCUUACAGCCAGUGCUGCCAGGCCAAAUCCUCAAGGCUCAUACCGCUAUGGUUCUAUUAACAUUACCCGUACCAUCAAGUUGGUGAACAGUGCCAAUAAGGUGGAUGGCAAGCUUCGGUAUGCCAUUAGCGGUGUUUCCCAUGUAGAUACUGAGACCCCAUUGAAGCUGGUCGAGUAUUUUGGGGCUGCAGACAAGGCUUUCAAGUACAACAUCAUCGCAGAUGAACCGCCGGCUAAGAUCGCAAAUGUGAUCAAGGAGCCCAAUGUGAUUAAUAUCACUCAUCGUACCUUUGUGGAGAUCAUCUUUGAGAACCACGAAAAGACCAUUCAGUCAUGGCAUUUGGAUGGCUAUUCAUUUUUCGCAGUGGCCAUCGAGCCAGGGACGUGGACACCCGAGAAGAGGAAGAACUACAAUCUGUUGGAUGCAGUGAGCAGACACACAAUCCAAGUGUUCCCCAAAUCUUGGGCUGCCAUCAUGUUGACAUUCGACAACUGUGGGAUGUGGAACGUGAGGUCUGAGAUGUGGGAAAGGCGCUACCUAGGACAACAACUAUACGCGAGUGUUCUAUCGCCUGCGCACUCCUUGAGGGAUGAGUACAACAUCCCGGAUAAUACUCCUCUUUGUGGCAUUGUUAAGGGCUUGCCCUUGCCCAAACCUUACACCAUCUAA